GCUUCCGUUGAAAGCAUUGCCGUCAAAAUGGCUGCCUCUGUUGAUAACGACUUGGUGGAAAGUGAUCUACCUAAAGCUGUGCAGCUGCUAAACAACCUCACAGAGCAGGUGGUGUCUGUCACAAGUCAUGUACGCGAUCUUCUAAAUAAAGUGAAAGAUGGAUCUUUUAAGACUUCAAAGGGUUUGUCGUUCUUGGACCUCCGAUACCACCUUCUGCUGUUUUAUUUGCAAGACCUCACCCACCUCGUCAGCAUCAAGACUGAAGGAGGUCAAAUCAAAGAUAGUGAAGCUCUGGAGCGGAUAGUGACAGUCAGAACGGUCCUGGAGAAGAUGAGACCACUGGACCAUAAACUAAAAUACCAGAUUGAUAAAUUGGUGCGCACGGCUGUAACUGGCAGUCUAGCUGAAAACGAUCCUCUACAACUACGCCCUAAUCCUGGGAAUCUUCAGAGCAAGCUGAGUGAAUCUGAAUCUGAAGAGGAGGACAAGGAUACAGCUAAAAAAGCCGGCCAACCUACUGCUAAGAAAUACGUUCCACCAAAAAUCGCACCUAUGCAUUAUGAUGGAGACAUUACGGAGGCGGACAAGAAGCAAGAGCGGGUGGAGCGUUUGAAGCGUGCGGCUCUGAGGAGUUCAGUGAUCCAGGAACUCAGACAACAAUACAGCGACGCACCCGAGGAGAUCAGGGACCGGCAGGACUUUCAAAGCGAGAAGGAGAGCAGAGAGGAGAUGCACAGGAAAAACUAUGAGGAGUCAAUGAUGGUUCGUCUGCAGGUGUCAAAGAGUCAGAAAAAAUCCAGAAAGAGGAGCAUGAUGGGAAUGGCAGGACAGCUCAGCGGUAUUACCCACUUUAGUGACAUCUCAGCGCUAACAGGAGGAGAGCCCGGCCUGGACGGGGACAAUGCCAGACCCAAGAAGAAGAAGAAGCUCAUGAAAAAGAAAACUAAAAGGAAGGCAUUCAAAAAGCGUAAGUGAGUCCUUUUGACCAGUGAAGACAUCAGUAAAUUUCUUGUAUAUUGUCAACAGUUUAACCUUUGGAAUAAAGUUGUUGAUUCUG